UUAAUGUGUCGAUGUCGAAAUAAAUGAAAGCGCCUUCGCAGUAUGUGGCACCGUCACGUGUUUCCAGGGGAACAUAUUGGAGACGGACCCGUAAACACUGCGAGCGUGGUGCUCACGUUACUUCCGAGCGGCGCGGCUCGUUACCAGCGCUACUUGUACUUGUACGUGUAACGUGGGCAUGGGUCCGGGAAAUGUGAUAGUCCUAUUUAGCGAGCUCAAAACAGCACACGGAAGCCCAGCUGCUGCUGCUGCUUCGGUCGAUGUGGCGUCCACGAAUGCUCCCAUGUUAACGUAGCUAGCUCGACAGCCCAGCAUUUAGUGUAGAUAUGAAAUUACUCGUUCUUGCCUGUCUCAGCCCCAACACUGGGAACAACACCACAGCUGAGAGAAUCAGGUCCCACAUUGAAUCAGCAGGACACACGUGUGAGCUCAGAGAUGCAGCGGAAUUUCAGUCACCAACUGAGAUGGCAGACCUACUGUCUCAGACUCCUCCAUUUGAGGGAGCACUGGCCAUUCACCUUUUCAGAGCAGGCAGACUUCUCCUGGACAUCCAACUGCCCUUCGGCGUCAUCUUUGGCGGAACAGACAUAAAUGAAGAUGUGAAAGUUAAACCGAAGCGCGUGGUUAUGGAGCAGGUGCUACUGAAAGCCAGGUUCGCGGUUGCAUUUACCAGCAAACUGAAGGAAGAGGCAGAGUUAUUUUUGCUGUCUCAGAGCAGUAAAAUCUAUGUCCAACCCCAAGGCAUCCAGACAGAAGUGACUGAGAGAUUCUGCUGGACUGAAUUCCUGAGGAGCUCAGGUAUAAGCAGUGAGCAUGUGGAUGACCUGCGUGUCUUCCUGUUGGUCUGUGGCCUCAGAAAAGUCAAGGACCCCCUCUUUCUGGUGGAGGUAUUUUCAGAGUGGCAUUGUGAGAAUCUUCUAAAUGUGCUGAUCAUUAUUGGGCCAAAGAUUGAUCCUGUGUUUACUGUUGAAGUGGAAGCUGUUGUUAAAAGAACAGCAGGGGUCUUCUUGGCCCAGGAGAGGAGCCAACAGGAGCUUCAUGCUGCCAUGAAAAGGUGCUUUGCCAUGGUCAACAGCUCCAUCUCAGAGGGCAUGUCAGCAGCCAUCUUGGAGGCCAUGGAUCUCGGGGUACCUGUGGUGGCCAGGGACAUUCCAGGAAAUUCGUCCGUGGUGCAGCAUGAUGUCACGGGUCUGCUGUACUCUACUCCUCAGGAAUUCGUUCAUCAAUCUCAGCGGCUAUUAUCAGACCAUGAGCUGAGAGGGAGAGUGGUGCACAAUGGAAAACUCUAUGUGGAAGAGCAUCACAGCUUGAAACGGGAAAGAGAAACCUACCAGCGUCUGGUGGGCACUCUGAACUAAGGUCACCAAGUUCAGCUCCACCUUCUAUAUUUUCUCAGGAAUUUCAGUGACAGGGAAUUACACUGAUCUAUCUACAAGGCACAGCUAUAAUUUUCACAGGUGUCCUCUACAAAAUAAUCCUGUUUCAGCUGCAUUACCAGAUUGGAAUUACUCAGCAGAGCACGUUGAACUAAUGACCUACAGUAGAAAGGAUUGUUUGUCUUGUUAUAAUAUAUUUGAUGUACUGUAUGUGAAAUUGAUGAUUUACUGUUAUUUAUGGUGUAGUACAAAUAUCGGAAAGGUCAAUGGUUUUACUUAAUAAAAAAAGUAUACAACUCCACUGGUUUUUUUUAUACUCGUUGGUGAAAUGUGGUUGUAUAAUUAUCAUUCAGUCAACUGAGACAAAAAAAAUGUUUGUAAUCGCUUGUUUUACCAACAGCAUAAAUUCUUGAAGUGCCAUUAAAUCUUGAUAUUUCUCUCAAAGGCAGUGUAGGAUCAGCUAUUAUGCUAUUGCAAAAAAAUGUGUCCAGUGUUGCUAUCUCCUCCAGGCUGUAUUCUACCAUAUUCAUUUUUAAUAAAGUGCAAUGUUUGGGUUGUACAGAUUCCAGACACUAGCAAGAACUCAAUUUGUUCAAAGGGCAAAGGGGCACAAAAGGUUAUUGUAAUUUGCCAUUCCAAAGGUUGAUAUUGGCAACAUUGGGGCAUUGGCGUGUAAGUAAAACAUGAUUGUUCUCUCAAAUCUUUAGCACUAUGUCACACUUUUGAUACAACUGUAAAACAAAAUAUAGACAUCAGUAUCUGACCUCUGCAUACUGUUACCAUAUGCCAUAUGCACCCUUACAACAACAAAAGGCAACAUUCUGUGUUUUAAUGAAAAAAUAAAAUUUAAAAUGAAUCAACUUA